AUUUCCCAAGCGGAGUUUCCACGACAGCUGGAAGCCGAGCGGCACAGGCGCAUCGCUUCUUUGCUAAAAUUAUUGGAAAUAACAAGACUUCUGCUCGUCUCAGCACCUCCAGAUAAACCCUGGUCUGGCAUGGGCGACAAGAGGAGUCCCACAAGGCCGAAGCGUCAACCGAAGCCCUCCUCCGACGAGGGGUUUUGGGACUGCAGCGUGUGCACGUACAAGAACACAGCAGAGGCUUUUAAGUGCAUGAUGUGUGAUGUCAGGAAGGGGACGUCAACAAGGAAGCCUCGUCCCGUCUCCCAGCUCGUCUCGCAGCAGCAGGUAACGCAGCAGUUUGUGUUGCCCUUGCAGCCCAAAAAGGAGAAGAAGGAGAGAGUAGAGAGGGAGAAGAGCGACAGAGAGCCGGCGCUCAAGAAGAACAGUCACAAGAAGAUGAGGCCGAGGUUAAAAAACAUAGACCGGAGCAGCGCCCAGCACCUGGAGGUGACGGUUGGGGACCUGACAGUCAUCAUAACGGACUUUAAGGAGAAGGCCAAGCCCUCGUCCAACUCGGCUACGCCAUCCAGCACCGCGUCUACGGCCGACCACCACAGCCAGAACGGCUCCAGCUCAGAGAACACAGAGAAGGGGCUUUCCCGCUCCUCCUCUCCCAGAGGAGAGGGGAGCUCGGUCAACGGAGAGUCCCACUGAGUCACCCCCCCCUCGAAAUCUCCAUCUGCCUCCAACCCCAUCUCAUCUGCAAGCCCACAGGUCACUGGUGGGACACCCUGCCUCGACUUUAGAGCUGCACAUUACUGACUAAAACAGUUUGGCUUUCUUUCUUUCUUUUGGAUUUAAAAAUUUGGCGAUUUUAAAUCUGUUUAAAGAUUCAUUCCCACAGCAGUGGAAUCCUGCAUUUAGAAAGCAAUAUAAAAAGACCUUUUUGCUCCAUCUUCGAAGUUUUUAGUGACCUACAUUUUCACUUGGACAUUUAGUGUAAUCGAAAGGAUCCCGCACGCUGUCCAAACCUUGCUACAAGAACAUUUACUAAGACAAUUUUAUUCUGACGAAGAACUUCAUCAGAACAGAUCUGAGAUGUCUGAAUAAAUGUUUGGCCCUGUGCGGUUUCUUUUGGAUGCACCUGCCUGUCCAGGUGUUUCUUUUUCUUUUGUUUUUAUACUUUUGUCAAACGAAAUGUGCAGCCCCCACCCUCGACGUUACCUUCAGCGGCCGGCAGAGAGCCCUAUUCUUCCCCCAUGUGGAAUCUUCAGCCUCUGUCUGGAAUCUUUACCUAGCCGUUAUAAACCUGAACCACCUAUUACGCACUCUCGGUGUCCCUACACUGAAUCUUCAACCUCUCAGCAAACCUUUGCUCCUGCACUCGAUUACUCCAAGCUUUUACUUGUGGACUGCCUCUGCUGUGGAGUGACUUUUGACAUAGCACAGCGGCUGUACUCUGACUGGCACCGUUUGGUGUUUUUGGGUAAUGUUUGGAGCAGGUUGUUUAGUUCAGGUAAUGCUCGUUAUGUCCAUAUAAAAAGGGACAUCGGGCAGGUUUUGAUAAAAGCCCUCUUUUAAAUGGUGCGGGAACAUAUAGUUUGUGAUUUUAAAAAGGAAAAUGCCGGUGUUUUUAGUUUUCAGUUUGUGCCAUUAAUCUACGUCUACAUGUCAUGUUGAAGAUUAAAAUCAGGGUUUUGUUUUUCUAUCUUUGCAGCCAUUCAUUUUGUACCACUAACUUGCAUUAAGUGAUAUUUUUGAUAUGUUAAAAAGCUAAAUAUAUUGAGAGGUAGCAAUUAGCAACCCAAAACCUGCAGUCCCUCAAAUUGCCACUUGAGGCUGGCUGGUGGUUUAUUCUAUAGCUAAUUUCCCUAUUCAUGACAACUGUUACGGAGAGUGGAUUUUUAUAUUACUGGCCCAUUUAAAUUAUAUAAGUUAUGCAUGAUUAAGGGCUUGGCUGCCAGGUGACCGGUGGGUGCCAUCACAGGUGGCUAGCUCAGCAACCAGGCUUCUUCGGCCCGCCUCAGCUCCACCUCUCAUUUUUGGAUUAGCCGGCAGCAGGCAGAGUCAGGCAUUGCCAAGAUGGCGAUGGCCACACUGAGCUUCACAAUGGCUCUUCAGGAAUCUACUGUAUGUGUGAGGUCACAGAGGCUACUUCCAUGUUCUAUACAGUCUGUGGUUCUAUGGCCCCUCACAUAGACAAACCAUAAACUAUCCAUGUUCAGCAAACCAGUUCAAACAAGCUGUUAACACUAUAUGAAAUCACAGAAGAUUGAAGUUUCUGGAAAAAGUCUUUAAAUGAGUCAAUAUUGUGCUAGUAUUGGUCAAAAGACCAAAAACACUAAUGCAAAGGGAUUUUAAUGUUGGUAUCUGUCUGCUAGAUGUGCAAGUAGGCAAUACGGCGCUAACAUACUAGUCAUAACCGCUCAAAUCUGUCUAUCAGGGCUUUGUUUCUUUGAAUUGAUUCUGCAGUCUUGCUGUACCCUCCUGCUAUCAAAAAAUUACUUAAUGCAACUUUAAGAAUUACCUAAGCUUUGUAAUAAUUUUCAGUCACUUUAUCUGUCACAUUGUAAGUACAUGAUGUACAUGGCUCCCACAGAAUAUAUAUAUAUAUAUAUAUACGCAAAUACAGUUCUUCAUACAUCAUAGUUCUGCUUGCAUUUGGCAUGCUUAUUUUUUCUUUUCUUUGUUUCAGAGAUGAAAAAAAAGAAGAGUUGAUGGCAAAAUGUCAACUAAAUGUAGAUGGUAGUUAAGGGACUGUCGCUUUAAAUGAUACCGGCAUUCUCCUUUUAAUCUCUGCUGCGCACACAGGGCUGCACCUGC